CUCUCGAGGAGCCAGGAGCCAGGAAAGCUAGAAAAGUUAGGAGAGCCACGAAGCCGGGAAAGUCAGGAGCCAGAACAGUGGGCAAAGAGGAAGACGAUCAACAAAACCCAUGUAUCGACACCGAAAAAAACAACUACCUCCACCACCUCCGCCUGCCCAUGGAGAUGGACGAACCCGUCAAGGCUUACAGAAUCCCCUAAGCGAGGGUACUUAUUCCCAUCCUCGAGCUGCACCGUUACCACCAUUACCACCACCACCAGUACAAGCACAAGCACAAGUAUCCGAUCCAGUCAUCACACCAAGUUCAAGUUUUCCACUUGGUGGCGGUGCUCUCCCAGGACUCCCACUUGGCACCGACUAUAGAGGUACCUCUACCUCUACCCAACCACAACCGCAAUCAGAACCGCGACGACGUCCGUUGCGUCCAGCACCAUGGAGGACGCCUACUUCCCCUCAACGACCUCCGCCUGGGCGGUGGUUGGAUCGGGCACUUGUAGUAUCUUCCACCCCUCAAUGGCCUGAGCAGAGAAGGUUCAGGGCUGGGUCUCUUCCUACUAUCCACUACGAGCAACGAACAUCGCGGGGAUCACGGCCAGAGACAGCUCAUACUAGAGACGGAGGAGUGCAGAUUUCGUCGAGGGAGGGUGCGAGAGUGGUGGUGUCGCCUGUGCUGAUAGUUCCUUCAGGAUUAGGGGGGAUGUCGUCUGCGAUGAAUGGGGUGGAUGGGGUCCAGGGUCGGCAUCGACGAGGGCCUUCUGCUUUUGGGAUUCCCAACAUGAAGCGAAAGAUACUAGGCAAAUUGCCAACAAGAAAGUUGGUUGCGGACAAUGACCACGGUACAGCGGUAGAAAAGGGGAGUAUGGUGUCUACAGCUACCUCUAGGAGGGUGGAUGAUGUCGAGGGACGAGUUUUAGGGCUGAGGGUAGGAAAGGGAAGAAAGAAUUCAGGAGGAGUGGGAAGGAGACAAAGCGCGGAUUCUGUAUACUCUCAAGACAUGGAAGGCUCAAAGGAAAGGGAGCCGAUCUUCGCGGAGACGUAUCAUGGGUUUCUGUUUGGGGAGCAUGGGGAUGGAGAAAAGAGGAGUCCAGGGUGUGUGGAUGGCUCGGGGAACAACCGAGAAGACCGGAGAUGGAAAUGGGUACCACCACGGCUUUUGUCACCUACUACUCCCGGUGCGCCACUUGGAAGCCACUACCGACGCCAUAAUUCAAUUGGGCCUGCCAUUGAACCUAAAGAUAAAUUGGAAGAAUGGCAUGGAAGUGAACGAGAACGAACUAGUCCGAUGCUUAUUCGCACCGGGACUACCACUCGCAUCUUAAGAAAACCGGGGAGACUGAACCUGAGACCGAUAAGUACACAGCAGGUAUUGAGAACUCCUUCUCCACUGUCAGCAACGUUGAAAAGACCAGGACCGCAUGUGCCGCAUGGAGGCCGUUUGGGGUUGACUCCCGCGCCUACUUCCACGAACGAUGUUCCUGCUGGUGGUGCAGGGCAUGUGGCUCCGAUGUUUACUCGGGAGUUGACUGCUAGUCCGGAGGUGAUGAGCUCGGUUGCGGCAGAGGAGGAUGAUAGGAGGGGGAUGGUGAGUCGAUGGUCGACGGACUCGUCGGACAUGGACUCGUCGGAUGAGGAGGUGAUGAAUAGGGAGGGGUUGUCUGUUUCUGGGGGUCGUAGACUUACUCGGGAGGCAGGGCAAGAGGUAGCGCAAGAAAUACCAUCCGCACAAGACAACAGCAGCAGCAGCAGCAGCAACAACAACAACAGGAGGAAACACUCACCUGCCUCCCAAGAGACACGAAACGAGGGAAUCGAGCAACAAAAGAGCGAAGAACCGGGUAUCCCAUUGGAAAACCUCACCACCCAGCUUGCGAUUCUUCAAGCGUCCCUUAACCGCCUCGUGUCUCAGGUCACAGGUGUCGAGACAGCAUUCGGGCAAGUGCAUGAGAUAAUGAUUGCCUUAGGUAAGCAGGCAACGGAGACGCUUGUUGAUAUUCGGCAGUUUUCUGAGGAGGUUAAGGGACCGCCGAGCGGACCGGCGCCGGGAGGGGCGGAGUGGGUUUGAUGCCGGUUGGGACACCGAGUGUUGAUUUCGGGUAAUGCUAGAGAUGGGAGAGGUGUUGAUGACGAGAAGUGACGAGGAGGAAAAGGGGGAAUAAACAAAAUCAGGCGUAGAAUUGACCACUUUGACAUGAAUGUCGCUUGACAGAUGAGGUCCAACUAGUCGUGAACAUCACCAUCGAUGUGGUCCAGGUGAAAGUGUCUCAUCUUGUUGACGAGAUGCUGUAUCAUUGACAAAGCAUCAACCUCAGCCGACUCGAGGCUGUGAUGUUGACG